AUGCAGUCCCAGCUUACACGAAGAGUCUUCCGAGCGAUUAUCAACAAUGAACCUUUAUCAUCGUCCCGAUGUCGGAAUCGUUGUUUACAUACUGUUCGACAGUACCGACCUAGGAGAGUGGCCCCUGGGCCCUCUAACUUUCAACGACGCGGGUUGUUCGCUUUCAACUUCAACCCCCCUACAGCUCCACCGUCAUCCACGUUACCUUCUGAGGCUGGAUUAAAACAAAUGAGAGACCUGUUUGUGUCAUUAAGGAAUAAAGAUAGAGUGCCAGAGAGUGAGGUCCUGGCAAAGGCUUUCCAAGAAUUCUUCGAAACCCGGGCGGGAGAACCGGGGGUUAUAACUCAAUUUCAGGCGCAAUUGUUCAGUACUACAUGGUAUCAUUUACAAGCCCUUGAGGCUGACCUGGAGCCAGAAGACUGGCAAAGAGUAUUCUCCGAUGAGAGCGUCGAAAACGUGUUGGACGUGUUAUCUAAGGCUGAAUGCUUACCGUAUGCGCGUGGCGUAAUACGAGCCUUUGCCCGCUCUGUAUUUCUUGCGCGAAGCCAGCAUCCCGAGUUUCCCGGGAACAGAAGCAGUUUGCUUGCCAUUCUUGCCUAUAUCGAUAUACAGGCCCUCUAUGGUGAUCCGAAUGAGGCACAGCAAACCGUGGAGAAGUUUUGGCGAAGAUUACGCAAAUUCAGCCCUUCGCCUUGGCUGACGGUUCUGAAAGGGUUUGCAGUGGUUGGUGAUAGGCAACGGAUUAAGCAUAUUGUCAAGAAUCUCGACAAGAGUGACAUUUCUUUCAAUCCAGCCUCGCAGGAAGAAUUGGUUCAGUUCCUGAUUAGGGAGGAUCACUUAGAUGCAGUGAAGCUGCUCUAUGAAUGUCCAUUGUCUGGUGAUCAAGAACCCAAUCUAUCGACAAAAAUUGCGGCUACGAAGUAUGCUAUAUUGAAAGCUAAUACCGCAUGGGCGCAAUCUAUUUUCGAGUCCAUUCUAUCCCACCCCAUAUCAGAGACAAUUGGGAUCCGACUUCUUUGGGAUGCCUCUCAAGGGAAAAAUGCGUUGCAAAUCGCGGCACUUGUCGAUUCCCUGACAGCAAGGGAACCGGACUUGGGGGCAUCUCUCACAAUCUCAUGUGUGAACGACUUGAUGGAGUAUGCGAAUUCCACCAAAACCCCGAUUUUGGCUUCUGAAUGUAUGGAAUUGGCCACUGCAUGGGGCCUUGUUCCCGAUUCGCAAACCCAAUUGCUGCAUCUGGAGUCACGGAUUCAAGCUGGUGAUCUCACGGCUGUGUUAAAGUCUCUAGAGGAGAUGGAAACCAUAGAGCCAACGAAAUCCAAAACUCUUCCUCUGAUGAACAAACUCAUUACAAUGCUCUGCAUUUCCAAACCUGAUGAUUCCACUUUCGAUCACAUCUCGUCCAUUCUAGAGCCAUUGCUUGAAAACAAUGUGCGCUUAGAGGCAGAAGCGCUGGCAGCAAUAACCCACAUGCUCCUUUACAACCAUGAUUUGGAAGCUCUUUCCGAGCUACUCCGGCCUCGUCUAGGUUCUUACGAUACAGAAGAGAGAAGCAAGAUUCGGAAUGCUUUGACAGACUUCAUACAAGAUCCCAAACAGGAAAGUGAGCCGGCCUGGGAAGCGUACAUGCUACUACGGCUCGCCUUUCCGGAAACUGGGGUUAGCAUGCGAACCACAGUCAUGACCUCCUUCUUCCAAAGAGACCGAAGCGACUUGGCCUUCCUCGUCUUUGGACACAUGCGCCAGGCCGAGCAUUUUUCGCAGCGACCAAAACCAGAUACUUACGCCCGAUGCUUCCAAGGGAUCGCCCAUACCCGGGACGCAAAAAAUCUCGAGCUAGUCCAUAACAUGCUCAAGCUUGACACCGAAGUCGACUUGAACACUCGCCUACUCAAUUGGUUAAUGCUGGCAUACGCAGAAUGCGAAAAACCCGAGAAGAGUAUGCAGAUUUUCCGGGAUAUCCUACAGUCCGAGGAAGGUCCAUCGCAACGCACAAUCCUUUUUUUCUUCAAGGCUUGCGAGAAACACCACAACGGCACGCAUGAGGCAAUAAAGAUGGUAGAGAAGAUGAAAAUACUCGAGAUUUCACUCGACCGCCGGUUAUACACGGCCUACGUGGAGGCUCUGGCUGCACAGUGCGAAUUCGACCUCGCCACAGAAGCAAUGGACGCUAUGAAAGAAAUGACGGGUUACCCUCCAAUACCGGCCACAAUUGGACACUUUUACAAUGCCGUUCCGUACCAACACUGGAAAGACGAAGUCGAAAGGUGGGCCAAGACCCAUCAUCCGGACCUCUGGGCCCAACUAGAGGAGGUCGAACGUGUAGAACAUGAAGAGGGUCUCAAGUUCAAACUACCUAGAAAAGACUUGCCCAGCCUCUGA